UCAGUAAAGUACUUUUUAAUCUGCGAUUACUCAAAGCUGUCCUGUACGAUCAUUAAGAAAUGUAUAAAUCAUUUUAAAGUGAAGUCGUUGUUUAAUUUACAGGAUUCGAUUAAUGAAUUACUUGGUUUUUCUGGCUGUUCUUUGUGCCGAUUUCAUGUCAGCUUCGGUGUCAGAGGAUCUUCAAAAAACAAGUGUAUUUAAAUUCCUUCAAGUUUGGGUUAUUGCUAUGACAUUAUGGUUUAUAUUCGACGAACUCUUUGAACUAAAAAGAGAACCACUCGACUACAUCAAAGAUGUCUUCAACUACUUGGAUCUGUCAGGAUACAUUCUGAUUCUGGUGACCUACAUCUUCAGGUUUUAUGGAGGUGAUGCACAGUGGAUGUGUGCUUCUUUGGCAAUCUUGAUCAAUUUUAUCGGCAUCUUUAAAUACUCCGCUGUUGAUCGGAACAUAGGUCUGUACAUAAAAUGCCUUGGAUUUGUCAUUUACAAGGACAUUCCAAGAUUUCUUGUCGUGUUUUGCAUCAUUUUGACGACGUUUUCAAGUUCGUUCUACAUGGCUUUAAGAGUGGGCAAAGAUACGUCAGCCGCACUCAAUAAUACGUAAGUAUAAAGCUUGCUUUUUGUUUGAAAUAUAAUGAUUGGUUUAUCUAAAGGACUGAAAAAAAUAAAGCCUAAUUCA